CAGAUGAACUCGAUGGCCGGUGGUGGCCGAAAGGGCGAAGUAAACGAGGAUGGCCUCGAUAAGAUGAUCGACUUUAUUCAAGAACAUGCCCUCCAUAAAGGCGAUCAGUCGGACGAGUCCGCAGCCGAGCAGUUCAAGGAUGAACGUAUCGCGGAUGCGAUCAGGGCGUCGUACCAGCAGGUGACGGGGCACCAGCUCCCAAUCAAGGACAAGAACUAG